AACGCACAUUUUGCGAGGCACCCAUGUUACCUUUCUGAGCCGCUCUGCGCGUGCUCUAUAAAGGCGCUAAAGCUUAUAUAGCCUUCAAAAGUAGCUCGUGCUGGAAAGUCUUUUACAGGGCGCAGCGGAAGCUCAUUUAGCCUAGCAUAGCUUCACAUGAACCAGCCAGCACUCCACGGACCUACAUGAUUUUAUAGGGCGGAUGCGACGGUCGUCACAGCGUGCCUUACUGGACCUGCGUGGCAGUGGAUAAUUUUAUUAUUAUUUUUGUAAAUAAAGGAGGACAUGCUGGCGCAUAUAUGUUAGCCUGCUACGGCUAGCUCGUUAGCAGUGUGGCUCACCGGAAAACGGGACCGGCUCGUCAGAAGACUGACAGACAGCAGCCGAGAAUAAAUUGGUGUAUACUUGAAGCAAUGGAUGUUGAAGCUGCCUCUGACCGAAUUUUAUUGGAACCAUAUAAAUACUUGUUGCAGCUGCCAGGAAAGCAAGUGAGGACAAAACUCGCCCAAGCAUUUAACCACUGGCUCAAUGUUCCAGAGGACAAACUGCAGGUGAUCAUCGAGGUGACCGAGAUGCUGCACAAUGCCAGCCUGCUCAUAGACGACAUCGAGGACAGCUCCAAGCUGCGGCGAGGCUUCCCCGUGGCGCACAGCAUCUACGGCGUCCCGUCCGUCAUCAACUCCGCCAACUACGUCUACUUCCUGGGUUUGGAGAAGGUCCUGAUCCUGGAGCACCCUGAGGCCGUGCAGGUGUUCACCCGCCAGCUGCUGGAGCUGCACCGGGGUCAGGGCCUGGACAUCCACUGGAGAGACACCUACACCUGCCCCACAGAGCAGGAGUACCGCAACAUGGUGCUGCAGAAAACCGGCGGCCUGUUCGGCCUGGCCGUAGGUCUGAUGCAGCUCUUCUCAGACUGGAAACAAGACCUGAAACCUCUGCUGGACACGCUGGGCCUGUUCUUUCAGAUCCGAGACGACUACGCCAACCUGAGCUCGCGGGAGUACAGCGAGAACAAGAGCUUCUGCGAGGAUCUGACGGAGGGGAAGUUCUCUUUCCCCACCAUUCACGCCAUAUGGUCGCGUCCAGAGAGCACCCAGGUGCAAAACAUCCUGAGGCAGCGCACAGAGAACAUGGACAUCAAACGGUACUGCGUGGACUACCUGGAGAAGGUGGGCUCGUUCGCCUACACCCGUCAGACUCUGCGAGACCUGGAGGUGGAGGCCUACCGGCUCAUCAAGGAAUUCGGAGGAAAUCCCCAACUGGAGAGCCUGGUCAAACACCUCAGUCAAAUGCAUCACGAAGCCGAAGCGUCGGCCGAGUCGGGCAGCACUCCGCGGCCGAGCCACAACCACUGACCUCCUCUGGCGUUGACCGACUCGGCUUGGCUCACGCACCGAUGCAGACAAACACAUUCCUGAAGAGCUCAACGCACACGCACCAGUCAGACUGCGUUGAGUCAUAAUUAAUCACUCCAGCACCUGAGUUCUGGUGAGAGAGCAGAGCCGCCCCCAACGUUGCCUUUCUCUUCUGUGCCUGGUGGCACUCUUCAAGCGUUACUCAACAGUACACUUCAUUAGUUUUGUAUCCAAGUGCAGCUGUGCAGUCAGUGGAAGAGACAAACUCAAAUAGUUUCAGUUUUUCAUUGUCUGAUAAUUAAAUCUGGCUUAAAAAAAAAGCUUGAAAGCCUUCCUUUUGAUGUGCUUUACAGUGCAUCUUUUUUUUUGUCCUCUUUGCCAUGAAAUAUCAAAUCGUUUUUAAAAUUGAGUUCGGUUUUGUUUUGUUUUUUUUCCCCACCUUUCUUUCCCUGUUAAAAUCAAGACAAGAAUAUUAUGUGUGUUUCAGGGAUGUUUGAUCUUAAAGCCGCCAGAGUGCCAAUCCUGUAGUAAAGACCUCCUCAGCUCAUUGGUCUGCUGGUUACGUAACACGACGGCAUUGUCUGAAACGUAAUGCUCCUAAUGCUCAUUUCAUUUCUUUCGUUGAUGCUUUGGUCUGUUUUGGCCGCUGCACUCCUGUCCCGUUCAGAUUCAGCACAGCUCGUCUCAUCCCCGACGUUUGAUCAGUGCGAUUCUCUUACGUUUGUUUGUUGAAGCCGUGCGGCGCUUUAACCACUUUAUGGAUUUAUUGAAUAAAACUUGAAUAAAAAAAUGAUGGCCAUAUCA